GCUAUCGUUAUCGGAGAGCGCGUCGCAAUCGUUUUCACAAUUUGUAUUUAUUUUCCUGGACGCCAAUUUAACGAAAAGACUGCCCAAAAUGUCCGGAUUGGAAUCGUACAUCAACCACACAGUGUCCAUCAUCACGGCGGACGGACGGAACUUCAUUGGGACGCUCAAGGGAUUCGACCAGACCAUCAAUAUCAUCAUCGACGAGUGCCAUGAGCGCGUCUUCUCCACCAGCUCCGGCAUCGAGCAGAUCGUCCUAGGACUGCACAUCAUCCGCGGGGACAACAUCGCCGUGAUCGGCCUGAUAGACGAGACCAUCGACUCCCGCCUGGAUCUGGCCAACAUCCGUGGCGAGCCCCUGGGCCCGGUGGUGCACUAGAAUAGCGAAUAAAACCAGUGAUUCUCAAGACUUAA